AUCUUUUUCGAAGUUUUGUCUCGAUAGACUCUUCUUUUAUGUCAAUUAAUUAAUAGUUCAGUUCUGUCGUUUAGAGUUUCCUAGAUUACUCGAUCUUUAACUGCUGUAGAGAUUGAUUGCUUAGGAAAUGAUACAUAGUUCAAGUUCUCACAUUUCGAUUUCUCAAGAUUCUGCUAUGAUCUUGUUAUAAAGGUGAGAACUUUGAAGCUUUGAGAGGGUUUAUAAAAAAAAUGGGGAGGAUAAUGAAAUGGGCAGCAAGAUCUGAUCACUUGCGAGGAAUCCCAAGGAAAACUGUGAUAACGGCCGUCGGUGCGUUUGCUAGAGCAGUAGCGAAUCUUUGCAACAAAACAAAAGUUCACAAUGCAGAUACUCUUAUGACUCUUGUCCGUUCACGACCACCUCGUGUUCCUCUCAUCACUGUUAGUAAUCACAUGUCCACUUUAGAUGAUCCAGUAAUGUGGGGAGGGUUCAAGGGUCUUCUUUCUUUGGAUCCAGAACUGGCUCGUUGGGUUCUUGCUGCAGAGGACAUAUGUUUCAACAACCCUGUCUUCUCCUACAUCUUCCGCACUGGCAAGUGUAUACCUAUAACUAGAGGUGGUGGAAUCUACCAAGAACACAUGAGUGAAGCUCUGGACCGAUUAAAAGAUGGAUCUUGGUUGCAUACCUUCCCAGAGGGCAAGGUGUUUCAAGAAGAUGUGCCUAUAAGACGACUUAAAUGGGGAACCGCAAGCCUCAUCGCCCGUUGCCCUGUUACCCCAAUCGUCUUGCCAAUAAUCCACCGUGGUUUUGACGAGAUGAUGCCGGAGAAGUAUUUGUUUGGUAGAAGAAGACCACCGUUGCCGCUGUGGAACAAGAACCUUCAAGUUGUGGUUGGUGUGCCAAUCGAGUUUGAUGUUCCCAUGAUGGUUGAGACCGCUGUCUCGGCCUCCCGUCAUGUAACGGCUCCUAUCCAAGAACAGAAAUGGCCUUUACUCUCUUCUGCUGGCGAAGAGUUAGAUGAAGCUGCUCAGAGAUGUCUCUACACAGCUCUUUCCGAGAAGAUUCAAUCCUCAUUAGAAACAUUGAGACUGUUAGCCAAGCAGUUGUGACUUCAGAUUAGAAUCCCGGUUCACAAUUUUGAAGUUUCCGGUUUAGAUCCGCUACGGUUAUCAAUUAUUUCCUUCAUUUUUUUUUUGAGCUGAGAAUAUUCUAGAAAUUGUAAUAAGCAUGCAAUUGUAACAACAUAAAUUUAAAUAAAGGAAAAUAACAUGAAUGGU